AUGUUCAAGGAUGCUAAUGAGUUUGUCUCUAGAUGUGAUGCUUGUCAGCGGAAAGGUCAGAUUAGUAAGAUGCAUGAGAUGCCACAAAACUUUAUCCUUGAGGUUGAAGUUUUUGAUUGCUGGGGCAUUGUCUUUAUGGGUCAAUUCCCUUCCUCUUACAAGAAUCAAUACAUCUUAGUGGCUGUUGAUUAUGUCUCCAAGUGGGUUGAAGCAAUUGCAAGUCCAAAGAAUGAUUCUGAUGUGGUUCUUAAGCUGUUUAAGACCACUAUCUUCCCGCGGUUUGGCAUUCCUAGAAUUGUGAUCAGUGAUGGAAGUAAGCACUUUAUCAAUAAAGUGUUUGAGAAGCUGCUGAAAAAGUAUGGUGUUCAACAUAGAGUGGCUAGUCCAUAUCAUCCUCAGACCAGUGGACAAGUUAAGGUUUCCAACAGGCAGAUUAAGGAGAUUCUAGAGAAAACAGUGGGUGUUACAAGGAAAGAUUGGGCUAUGAAGCUUGAUGAUGCACUUUGGGCUUAUAGAACUGCAUAUAAGACACCACUUGGCACUACUCCUUUCCAUCUACUUUAUGGGAAAGCAUGUCAUCUACCAGUGGAGUUAGAGCACAAAGCAGCUUGGGCACUGUACAAGGAGAGGACCAAGGCAUAUCAUGAUAAGAAGAUCAUCUCUAGACACUUUGAGCCUAAUGACCAGGUUCUCCUUUAUAAUUCUCGCUUGAAGCUGUUUCCUGGAAAGCUGCAUUCCCGCUGGUCUGGUCCUUUUGCUGUUCAAGAAGUCAGACCAUAUGGAGCUAUUGUGUUGUUGAACUCUAAAGGAGAUAAUUUUACUGUUAAUGGCCAAAGGGUGAAACACUAUUGGGCAAAAGCUGAGAUACUAGACGGACACAUUGUGCGUUUGGAUGAUGCACCCUCUGCCUAA